ACGAUACGGCGAGUCAUGGAGGUAGUCUGAUAAUGAACGGCCAAUCUCCUGUCGUGUGGGUAAAUUAUACUUAAAGCGUGACAACAUCCGGUUUAAUCACCAUAAUCGCUCGGUAUCAUAAUCUAAAAUCGUUACUCUCGUAUCGCGUGCUUUUCGUUCGCACGAAGGGAUAGAUUUUCGACCAUUGGUCACGUCUUUUGGUCGGACGAUUUUGCCAGAUAAAACCAGGUCCCUGUGGAAUUGUCAAGUCGUGUGAGUUGUCGAGUUGGUCGUGGUGAAAAGACGCACAGAACUCUAGAAACACCACGAACAACAACGUGUCGGAAAACUGUAACCAAUAGUCUAUCAUCAGGCUUUAUUCGUGUCUACCAUCUAUUCUACGAAAAAAGUCUUAAUCAAACUUUACUGUACAGUUCUGCCCUAAAAACUUGUUGCCCUGUUAGGCCCAAUAUCUGAUCGAUAGAACCACUCUCCGGAGCACCACACCGGCUUUGAUCGCAGACAAACGGUGAGAAAUGUUCCCCAAUGUGACCACAGAUCUGCCCGGCCCCCAGAACUCCACCGCUGCCGUCUUCGACUGGGAACCGUUUUCCUACUACACCUCUCCCUGGCGCGAACUCCAGCUCCUGUGGGCGACGAUAUGCAUCACGUUGGGAGUGUGCGGCAACACCGCGGUUCUACUGACGAUCUCGUCGGUGGAGGAGCUUCGCACGCCCGGGAACGCAUUGCUCUGCACCCUGGCUGUGGCCGACAUUCUCCAGGUCAUCUCCAAGGGCCCUUUAACCAUAUGGCUCAUGAUGCGACAGCAGAUCCUGUCCUGCCAAAACUACGGCUUACUGAUUUCGCACUUUGUUUAUCUGACGGGGUCCCUUUUCUCCGUCAAUAUCAUCGGCCCCAUCUCCUUGGACCGAUACUGGUACAUCUGCUUCCCGCUUCAGUACAGUUCCAUCAUGACCAAAACUCGCACAGCCCUUCUCGCGGCCGUGCCGCUUCUCCUGACCGUCACUAUCAUGGUGCUCCUUCCAUUUUUCGAGGCUGGAGGAGAGUUUUACUUCUUUCCACCGUACGUCUCAUGCAAGUUCACGGGGGCGAUUAAGAGAGGCAGACAGACCGCCAUAAACACCUGUUAUGGGAUCGUCGUGCUGACGAUGUUGUUCUGCUACUUCAAGAUCUGGCGAGAGGUAAGGAGACAACAGGCUAGACACAGACAGCUGGUCCCCCAGGCCCUGUCGUCAGUAGACUCCGGACAAGCAGACGUUACCGGUGCAACUCGGCAGACCAACCUCUCCCGUUCAUCUUCAGUGGACAGUGGUUCCGAGAGUCAGCAGGCGUCGCCUGACGAGACUGGCCAGAUGAGUCGGCAAGUGUCGGUGACGUCCCUGUCUGCACGGCUGUGCGACUCUGCAUCAGCUGGACACAAACACGGUUUAAAGCCCGAUAACAAGGUGGCUCCGGCACGAAUCUUAAAAGAGUCAUCAAGGAGCUUGGAGGAGCCGUCUGCCCAGCCGGUCAGUCAGAAGGUUCCCUCUGAGUUCAAGCAGCGCAUGAAGACGGCCACUACAGUCCUGUUGGUCAUCGGGGUGUACUUCAUCACCUGGCUGCCGUACUUCGUCGUCAUACUUAGAUCGGCAUCGUUUGGGGACGAAGUGGCGUCGUCGUUAGACGGACCGUGGCAGAGGUUCGCCAUGCUGUUCUCUCUGAUCUCAGCGUGGUCCAACCCCAUCAUCUACACUCGCAACCGCCCGUUUCGCCAGGGGUUCUUGAGACUGAUUCGCUGCAGAAACUGACGUAGUCCAUAUGAGGAGAAACUAAGAGUACUGUUGAGUGAUUUUUCGCGGCGACUUAAUUUUGCGUUAGAAGUUUAAAGGAGACUUUCGCUAAGUUUUAAGUUCGCAGUUGAAACAGUUCUGUGCUACUGUAGAACAGUAACAACUGAACGCAUGUGUGUGGCAUAAUGAAUUCGCGGUGAAUUCGAAGAGGUCAUCGCGAAAAUAAACCAGCUCGAACAUUUUAAGAUUUACAGUAACCUUUACACAUUUUGUCCAGUGCCACAAACUGAUCACCAACAUCAUCUACCGACCUUAAAUUUCGUGCCACAUCAGUUUGUUCUAAGACCAUUAUAAAACGAUAGCUUGAUGUAUCUCCGUCAUUUCUAUGUAUAAUUUACUACGGUGGGGGAGGGCAUUAUGGCUCUAGGAUACUAAGUAUCUGAUAUCAGAGCAACGUUAGAUGAUGUCCUUCGAAAAAUGAUCCUCAUUUCUUGGGUAACGUCCUGUUAUGACAGCCUCAAAACUGUGAGGAGCCAUAUAUCUUUGUUGUACCAAGUCUUCGGACGACUCUUGUCUAUCAUACACAUGAUCUAUCGAAAAUGACACUGAACUGACCCUCUCCGUGUUGCUAUAUUGACCUGUGACUUUUGAAAUUAGAAUAGACGUGUUAAUAGAUGUCUUUCUAGAGUGAAUCAGCGUUUUAGAUGUAUUAGCCAAUGCAUUGUGUAAAAUGUAACGCCAUGUUGGUUCGGUUAGUUUUAUAAUCAGGACUAGGGCUGGGUAUCGGUACAGCGUACCGGUGCAAAACCGGUUUUUCUUAUUGGACCG